AUGCAUUCAACCAGUGGCACCCAGGUCACGGUAUCAACGGUGUCUGAGCAUGCGCGGGGACCGAACUAUGAACUUGGGACAAUUGAUGAGCCGAUUGAAUAUGCCGAGGACUUAUCGGACUAUCCCGAUGGAGGAAAACACGCAUGGCUGGUGGUGUUUGGCGUGUGGUGUGCGCUUUUUCCCACCUUUGCGAUAAUGAAUAUCACCGGAAUCUUGCAAGAAUGGUUAGAAGACAACCAAUUGAAGGAUCGCUCCACGGCCUCGGUGUCGUGGAUUUUCAGCCUAUACAACUGUCUGUUUUGGCUCGGCGGUAUCCAAGUAGGACCAAUAUUUGACUCCUACGGACUGAAGUAUACAUUUGUUCCGGGAUGUGUCGGCAUGUGCGCAGCUAUAAUGGCUUUGAGCGUCUCAGAAGAGUAUUACCAAUUCAUACUUGGCUUUAGUAUCCUGGGUGGGCUUUCCUCGUCAGCCAUCUUAACCCCAAGUCUCGGAUCGAUCAACCACUGGUAUCUGAAGCGCCGAGGACUCGCCACAGGGAUAGCGACUACCUCCGGUGGUAUCGGAAGUAUCCUUUUUUCUGCGUUGAUGGGGGAGCUUCUCAAAAAGAUCGGGUUUCCGUGGACGAUACGAGUUCUUGGAUUUAUCUCCAUUCUCUUCUUCGCCGUCGGCCUGGUCCUUGUUCGAACCCGACUUCCUCCCAACAAGAAGUCCGGUAGCACGAUGGAUUUGCGAUGUCUCCGGGAACCAGUCUUCACAGUGGCCUCUGUAGCGGUCAGCUUCGCAGAGGUGGGUAUGAUGGUCGUGAUCACUUAUCUUCCCUCCUACGCUUCCUCUCAUGGGGUCACCGGCUCCCUGUCAUACAAUCUCAUGUCCAUCUUCAGCGCCACACUGAUCCUUGGACGAGUCAUUCCGGGCCUGGUAGCUGACCACUGGGGUCGCUACAACGUCAUGAUCGUCACUGGCAGUGUGAGCAUGCUCUUGGUCCUUGCGUUGUGGAUGAAAGCGGGAGAGGAUACCGCGGCGAUUGUGACCUUUGCGGCGUUUUUUGGGUUCUGGAGCAGUCCGGCAGUGGGUUUGUCGCCGGUGUGUAUCGCGCAGAUCUCGCGGACCGAGGAUUAUGGCAAACGAUAUGGAACGACGACGGCGAUCUUCGGCCUGGCGAUUUUGGUGUCCAUCCCGAUUGCCGGGGAGAUUCUGGGAGCGCAGAACCCUGGGAAGUCGGGAGAGGAAACUGAUUAUUCGGGUCUGGUGAUGUUCUGUGGAGCUGCGUAUGCCACGUCGACUGUGCUCUUGGUCGUCACUAAAAUCAUCAGCAAACUAUUUACGCUCCUUGAGCAGGACAUGAAGAUAUGCUCUUACGUUCGAAUCCUCAUCCUAUCCGAUACGUUCUCAUACGAGACUGAGUAUGAUGAUGCAGUCUACCGCCUAGUGAAGAAUCUACACAAUUUGGAGAUUAUCAGCUUCACCAACGAGCAAGCGGCCGAGUGGGCAGAAUGGCUUCAGAGUCUGGACUUACAUUAUUUGAGCUUGGACGGUAUCCCCGAUACGAACAGAUUGAUCGCUCAUAUUUCUGGCUGCGUUUCGAGUUUGAAAUCUUUUGCGGUGCGGGUACCUGUGGCCACGGAUCCUCUUUCCAACCCUCCAAUGCUCACGAUUCCUGAUGGUUUUUUCCACCAGAUCACGGAGCUGCGGGCCUUCACGGCCUAUGACCUUUCAAAAGAGUUUCUUCGCUCGGUCGCAGUUCAUCACGGCCACCAUAUCCGCCAGCUUCGAUUUCGGCGGACCAGGAAUAUACGACUCCCUGGGUUCUCCCAGGAUUUUCAAAGUUUAUUUACUCCCGAAGAACUAAAAGCCUUAUCUCUCGAGUUCCCUCUUGUCGAGAGACUAGGUAUCGACCUCUACUUUGAGUUCAAUCUACCUUACAAAGUCCCCAGCAGUAUAGCCUCUUUCGCAAGUCUUAAAUACCUGGAGCUCAAUAAGCCUUUCAAAAUCCCCUUUACUCAAUCUCACUAUCAAAGGCUCAUUGGGCGCCUCGGUCCAUGGAUUAAUACAUCCAUAGCUGAGCAGAUAUUUAAUUGGGUCUCAGAUCAGAAGGAGGCCACAAAUGACGCUGCUAUAUCCCCAGUGCCACCGCUCAUAGAGCUACAUAUCAAAGUUUCUGAGUGGGAGCCGCCGUUGAAAAACUACCAAACAUUCAGUCGCGGAGGACAGAAUUACAUAUUCGGAUGCUGGCGUGAUAAAGGGGUUUCGGGGGAAAUACAUACACUUCGUCUGCCAGCUAACACAGAUGGCUCCUCUGAGUGGACUGAGGAUAAUAUGUAUGAGCAAACUAUGUACGCAGCCGGGCUAUGGGAUUCAGCCAAGGCAGACUUUGCAAUACUAGUAUCGGAAACCCUCUUGGCUCUUGGUCCCUCUCAGGAUGAGGAACUGGUUCCUCACUCUCGGCUCACCAAGACCUGGGCUUUACAUAACGGUAGCGCGGGAUACUUUUCAAUUAAACCUCACGGCAUUCUCUCAAAUAUCUCAAAACUGAGUGGCAUGGAGAUCGCCUUCGCCGAGAAUCUCAAAGGACUUUACGUGUCUGGAAAGAAAGAGAACGAUAUUGAGGUGUGGCAGCUAUUCCAAUUCAUUAAGAAGAGCCAGCCCUUCUCAGUAAAGGGUUUAUUCAGUAUAUGCAGUGAAAUCCGCGCGGUGACAGGAGGAUGCUUUGACGCGAAUCAGCAGAGUGCAUGA